UUUGCUUUGGAAUUACUUGUCGGAAGUCCCAAUAAAGCUACGAGCAACCCAAAAAUUAAACCGAUAAUGAGACCUGGUAUGAGGGAAAUUCACUGCGAACCAUUCUCCUUCUAUAUGUUUCUGAAUUACAACACAGAAGGUGGAAGCAAAUAAAAAGUUUGAACCAAUAGCUCAGUUGAACUCUCCCUCACACUAGAAAUUAUUGAACAGCCAAGAAAAUUACUUUUUUCGAAGAUUGAAAGUGCUUUCAAACGAGCGGAGAGAGAAAGUUCCCUAAUCUCUGUUGCAGAUUAAAAAAAAAUUUUCUUUCUAAAAUUACUUUGGAAUAAAUUUUAUAGCUUUACUGUAGAACAUAACCAAUAUAACAGUUUACCGCAACUUGCAGCGAUACACAUCUUAAUAACCAGUUUUAUAUUCCCCCAAUUAAUUUGUGCACGGCACACCACACCACACAUCACACGCACGUCAAGGUAGAGAUUACCUCGGGCUUAGGGCUAAAGUUCUCCGACCAAGAAGGAAAAUUUCUCUGCAACAUCUACUCUUUCCUGUUCCCACUUCCAAAGGUUAUCCCUAUCGUACCUUGAAAUCUACUCCAAGAAUCCAAACCACAAAUUCCUCUACUAAAAGCAACCAAUCAAGAACUUCUAAGCGUUGUUCCUUAUUUUUGCCCUCUCGUAGUUCAGGAUGGAGUCUGUAUCCUCUAAUACAACCCCAUCACCUACCCAUCGUUCGCCUCAAUCCUCCUCUAAUGUAAAUCAAUCACCUCGCCAUUGGUCGCCUGAAUCCUCUAAUACAAACCAAUCACCUCGCCACCGGUCGCCCUUCCGGUACAAACUCUUCCAACCGCCCAUCGCAGACCGGAUCGUCCGAGCCUUCCGCCACCGCCUACGGCUCCUCCACCGCUCAAGCACCAACUUCUUCGUACUCGGUGACUCCGGCAAUGUCUACAAGGUCAAUCUAACCGCCACCCCUUCUUGCACCUGCCCCGACCGUACGACUCCAUGUAAGCACAUCCUCUUCGUCUUCCUACGUGUUCUCGGCGUCUCCCUCGAAGACACGUGUCUCCGGAGAAGAACCCUCAGGCCAUGCCAGCUCAGCCGCUUACUUGGCUCACCCACCUCCCCCGACUCGCUAGCAGGGAUCCGGGUACGUGAGAGGUUCCACGAGCUCUUCUUGCAUUCAGCGACACCUGGUGUUCCUUCAGGAGUGGCUGAUUUGGAAGAUGGUGCCACGUGUCCCAUUUGUCUGGACGAGUUGGGAAAGGAAGAUGGGGUGGUGACUUGUCGUGCGUGUCGGAAUCCCUUGCAUGAAGAAUGCCUGCAGACGUGGAAGAGGAGCAGAGGGAGGAGACCAGCGACCUGCGUGAUUUGCAGGGCGAGGUGGAGGGAUAUGGCAGAGCAGGAGAGGUAUCUGAACCUGGCAGCGUAUGUUUGCGAAGACGACGCGGUUGAAAGCCAUGGAAACUUGUGUGUUGAUUGACAGAAGGUUGUGUUUGGUAAACAUUUUCGGAAUAGAUUAUGGAUUUAAAACUCAAAAGAUUACAUUCUGAAAGCAAAAUGUGUUCUAGACCAGCUAUUCCGAUAAUACGUAGCAAAUACAGCCUAAGGUUUUGGAUCCUCGAUUAUUGGGAUCCGAAAUCCUUCUCCCUCUAAUCCUCCGAUUUCCUUUGAUAUAUAUUUCUGUAUCUAAUUAUUUGCUGAC